GGGGACGACUUAAGAGUGGGCAACUAAAUCAAAAGCGCGUGUGGAAUUUUUGUUGCGCUGGUAUCAAGCCAGAGUGCAUUGCGAGCUACAAUCACCCUGGAAACAACGAUGGGCAUAACUUGGCUGCGCCGAAGCAGUUCCGCUCAAAGGAGAUUACAAAGAGCAGUGUGGUGGAUGACAUGGUGGCGUCGAAUAAAUUGCUCUAUCCUCCUGGCAGCAAGGGACCUGACCACUGUAUUGUCAUCAAGUACAUGCCAUACGUGGGCGACAGCAAGCGUGCCAUGGAUGAGUACACGUUUUCUAUAUUUAUGGGUGGGUCACAAACGGUGGUGCUGCACAACACGUGUCAAGACUCUCUGUUGGCAGCGCCGCUUAUUAUUGAUCUUGUGGUCUUGACGGAGCUAAUGGAACGAGUCUUUGUAAAGAUAGAAGAUGGGGAAUGUGAGGAAUGUGAUGACACUUCGGAGUCAUCGUAUGUACAAAUGGAUACAGUGCUGUCGAUUUUGUCGUAUCUCCUAAAGGCGCCAUGUGUACCCGAGGGCACACCCGUGGUGAAUGCAUUGAAUCGGCAGAAACAAGCCAUUGAUAAUUUGCUACGCGCUCUUGUGGGUCUUCCGCCGGAUAACAACAUGCUGCUGGAGUGCAGCCUCCCUUCCUUGCGCGGCAUGAGUCAACAGUAA